UUGAAUUAGGUGGAGGGUGGAACAGAAGGGAUGAAAAAUCGAUGACGUGAAAAGUGGAAGGGAAAUGGUGGGAAACGGGCCGAGGGUUGCGAGAGACAAAGAGAAACGCGCGAGCGAUUCGAGGAUCGCGCGUACGUCGGCGAGGUCGUAAAAAUUUCCAUACCGACUCUCGAGGAAGCUCCCGAAAAAUAGCAGCACGUCAACAGGUGAAGAAUAGGGAGGACGAGGAGGUGCGGGACUGCUUCGCGCCCAGAAUAUCCCGAAGUUGUCAAGCGGGCGGCGACGUGAACUAUUGCGGGAGUUGCACGCUGGCUGGCGAGGCUGUCCUCGAAGCGAUAAAAGCGAUCGAGCGCGUCUUCGUCGAGAACAAAUUAAUAUCCGUCGCCGUCAAGGAAAGGUACGAUUCAUGUAUAAUACAAGGGGAACCACUUAACGGUGCCACGUCGAGUCGUUCGCCCAUUUCGCGAACUGAAAAGUAAAUCGGGGGAAAAUUACAUCGGUCUCGCCGAGAGAAGAAACUUGUUGCGCGAGAUGAAAUUUCGAGAUUUCGCCGCGACACGCAACCUCUAGUUUUUUAACAAUUUUAGUUUAAAGUAACCUUCGAUGUCGAAAUUAAGUGACCGGAUGAACGUCACGUAUAAAUAAAAAGAGGGUAGCGAAGUUUACACGUUGCCGUUUUCCUUGUCAAAGAAGAGAAGUGUUUUCCCUGCAGAGACGAAUGCAGGAUCGAUAUUUACGCGAGAACCCAAUGGUCUGUGAUGGGCAGAUUGACGAAAGCUAUAGGAACGGACGUAGAAACAGCGCUCGUGAGAAUGCGGGAGAGUAAUCGUUGUGCGGAAGCCAAUAGACGUGAUCACGAGGAGACUGUUCGAGAUCUGCGGGCAAACUUGUCGCGGCAGGAGAAACGGGCGGACGUUCUACAAGCUAAAAACUCUGGGCUGGAGGACGUGCUGGAAAAUGCGAAGGAGGAGCUUGAGAAGGCGAGGCAAAGGGCCGUAAUCCUGGAGGAAGAAAAUGAGAAUUUGGACGAAACUCUUAAGGAUGCUCGCAGGCAGAUAUCGGAUCUAACCAUCGGAAAUAACAUUUUGCAAAGUCACACGGGAGCGUUGGUCGAGAGCAAAUUGGAGCUCGAGAAGACCGUGAUCAGACUCCGAAAGGAAGUCGUCGACAGCCGUAAUGCACACCUUGAGACAGAACGACGUUUCCAAGCACUUAUGAACGAAUCAAGGAAGGAAGCCGAUUCGGUGAAGGAGGUAAACAAAAAAGAAAUCGAGCGACUGCAGCAAGAAAUUGCAUCGUUACGUUUGGCGAACCCGACUCGGGAAGACAAGGAGAGAGUCAAAAGCACUCCCGAUGAUAUUUCCAGCAAAGAAUGUCACAAAGAGACGAUAGUGAAGCCGGAGGAUGAUCCAGUUGCGGACAUGACGCGGCAAUUGAUUGCGAAUCGUGAGAAAAUCGAAGUGCUCACGCGACAAAACGAAAGGCUAUCGAAGACUUUGAGUCGGUUAAAGGAGUAUCGCUUAACGGCACAGUCGAUGUCAAAUAGCUCGAGGAAAUGAGGGAUCGUCGAUGACGGAACCCCAGUUUUCACAUAGCCAUAUCGGAAAUGGUGAUGAAUAGAUCAGUACUAAGAAUAGAGAUGACUUCUGUUAAAAAUCGGUUAAGUAAAGUCCACAGAUUAACUUUCUAUUCAAGGACAUAUUCGAUUUAAUUUACAUAAAUUUCUGUAUUCAACAUCGUACCACUAGGUG